AUGGUCAUAUCCGAUUGCAAAGAUUUAUUCCAAUAUGUAUCUAAUUACAGUCCGGUAACGCCGUUCUGAUGAACAGCUGAUACGAUUUAUGUAAAUAAUUUAGUUCUGCACGCAAAAUGUCUGUGACACAAAAAUUAAAUACAUUAUUCCGCAAAAAAUCCAUGAGAUAUGGUGUGCCAUUCUUGAUAUUGGUGGUUGGUGGCUCGUUUGGAUUAGAGCAAUUCUCCCGUCUCAGAUAUCAAUUCUCGCGAAAAAAGCCGGUGAGUCCAGAAGAAAUGGAAAAACUUGGUGUUACUAUGAAAAAGUCAGAAGAGGUUACUCUGGACAAGGAAUAUGAGAGGAUCAAACAAUUGAACAUUGAUGAGUGGGAGAACAAGCGUGGUCCCAGGCCGUGGGAAGAAGCGCAAUAACAACUGCGAAGAGUUUUGGUUAGCACAGUAAGAGGCCACAUCUGUGUAUAAGUGCAUGGUUAUGUACAUAUAUGCUUCUUUAUAAAUAGAUAUUAAGUAUUAGUUUUAAAGCAAUUUACUGAAUUGAUUGAAUACAUGGAAAAUU